AUGCGGAAAAUUGUUUUGAUUUUGAUAAUUUUUGGUGUCGCCGAAUCUUUGGGUAAGAUUUUUAAAACAAAAUAAAAACCAAAAAUUGUUUUUAGAUAACUCUUACGCUUAUCAAACAGGUCACAUUUCAUUGAACGAUUCAGAAAUUACAAUUUUGAUAAAUUCAACAUUUGAAAUUAUCGAAGAUUUUGAUGUGAGUUUUCAAAAAAAAAGGUAAUAAAACACAUGUUUUUUUAGAACGACACUUUGAUUUUGGAACCAAAAAAGAAAGACGAGGUUGAAAAAACAACUACAACCAGUUUUGAAAUUACAACUCCUUCAACUACAACUACACCGACUCCUGAAAUAUUGACUACUAGAAAAAGAAAAAUGCGGAUGAAAAAGUUAGUUGAUUUUUUUCCUCAAACAAAAACCGCGUUCAUCUUAUUCCAAUUUCAGACUAAAACCUGCUGCUUCUUCUCUUAUAAAUUGUCAACAAUACACUGAAGCUGAGAAAUACAAGAUAUUAGAAAGAGCUGGUGGUCGAAAUCAAUUUUGGAUGGCUGAUUCUGUUGAUGAAGCAGCUAUGAAUUUUGGAGACUUCUACGCGAAAAAUUCUGGGUUUGAUGAACCAAUGCAAGAUGCAGUAGGAGUCUCAAAACCUGUUUGUGAUCAAGGAUGUCAAAUGGUGAAAUCGACAUUGAAUUUGGAAAUUGCCAGAAGAAACUCAACCAGAAAGAAAUUUUCGAAACGAAAAAAUUCAACAGUUUCAAUUAUGUUGAAUGAUUCAACUGAAACUACGUGCUCUUUGGGUAGCUUUUUGCCUGUUGGAAAUUGUUCUGAACUUGGAGAACCUACAGGGGAUGGAGAUCAUGAAGCAUUAUGCUCGGGUGAGAUAUUUUUUCAAAAAAAAAAACUCACUUGAUAUGUGAACUUCAGAAUGCCGUGGGCUGUACAUAUUGAGCAGCAAUUGUUUUCCUCAAAUUUUCAACAGCAUUCAUUGUAAUUCACAAGAAAUGGGUUGUAUAUUUGAUUCGAUUACUGACAUGGGUGAGUUCCCAAAUAAUUUUGAGUGAGAAAUGAUUGAUCUGCAGCUUUUUCUGAAAAUAAAAAUUUAUUGACGAUUUAGAGGUCACGCGAACGUGUGUAUUUACGCUGAUUUAUUUAGUAACAUUUGACCGUCUUUCUUUAGGUUUGGGAUUCGGGAUUGGCAUUGGGAUUCCGGGUUCCCCAGAAAAAAAAAGAAAAUUAACAAAUUUUGCCAAGUCACCAGAAAAUUUCUGUGCACGGUUGCGCCAUGGUGUACACAUUUGAAAAUCGUUUAUCUUUUCCGUUUUUUAAGGUAAGAUCGCAAUUUGACACCCUAAAUGCGUUCAAUGUAGAUAAUAUUGACGGAAAUAUGAAAAUAAACAAAACUACUCAUAGAUAUUUGCGCAGUUGAAAUUUUCGAAAACCUUGUAGAAUGACAAGUUUUGCUUAGGGCAUGGGUUUGCUGACUGAAAGCUCAUUCUUAGUCAUACAAUAAUCGUGAGUUAAUGCUCUACUAUGUUUCAUCAAAAGGAACCCUUGUGAACAAAAAAACGAAAACAGAAAAAAUGAAAAAAGUGGGCGGCGCCUGGCCGUCUGGCUGCCCGGUUUGGUUUCCUCGGCCAAAUGUCAAGAAUUAUUUUUUGUUUCCGCGCGGAACCCACCGCGUCAUCUUUUCGCCUCAACAGCGUAUUCACCCAGUAUUCUGACCUAAUAUAUUCGUUUUUCAGCUCACGGACAAUGCGGAGUCCAAACUCUCGCUUUCAAAGUUCUUCGAAACGUCGGUGAUUCGAAUUGCGAAGAUUGGAAAGUUGAUCAGAUUCUUUUACCAGUUUCUUGUCAAUGCUCUUUGAGCAAAAAUUCAUUUUUAAGAACCAGUCCACUCAAAGAAUUAUGA